GUCUUACCUGUCCAAAUGCCCCCUCCCCCCCUCUGUGUUUCUUCCCCAGAUGAAGAACUCCCGGCGGCCUCCCCUCCCACCUACGGGACCCCCACAGCCAGAAGCCCCGGCUCCUUGGCUGGAGGUCCGCUGCCGUCCGUCCUGACCCAGAAGGGACGUCCCGUCCCCCAGGGGGGGGAGGUCCUCCCCUCCGUUCUGCCCCAGCACCUGCUCCCUCUCCUGGGGCGGGGGCUCAGUGUCGCCACUCCCCCCGGAGGUCGUUCUCCGGAGCGCCGGGGCGAGGGUUUGCCGGGGGUGGGGGGCACCGCGGUGCCGGGCGGAGGCGACGCUCCAACCGAGCCCCCACCCGCGCAGACGCACCCCCAGCCUGACCAGGAGGACGCGGACGACAUUGAGGAGACGGAGGACACGGAGACUCCGUCCUCAGAUUUGUCCAGCUGCAUGGUGAACUUCUCGGACCCGGAGGGCUACAUAGACUCGUCCGAUGCCCCCCCGCUGCCCGACGGCGCCGUGGUGCACUGCACCUACACCGUGACGGUGUACACCGGCUACGGGGUGGAGCUGCAGGUGAAGAGCGUGAACCUCUCGGACGGCGAGCAGCUGUCCAUCCGGAGCGCCGACCAGCGCGGCGCCCUGCUGGUCCUGGCCAAUCACACGCUGCUGGUGGAGGGUCAGGUGAUCCGCAGCCCCACCAACACCCUGUCCGUCUACUACCGCUCGGCGCCGGAGGCCAGCACGGGCGUCUUCCAGCUGCACUACCAGAUCUUCAGGCUGAGCUGUUCUCUUCCGAAGAGGCCUCACUUCGGGGAGGUGUCGGUGCUGGACCUGCUGCCUGGAGGCACCGCCCGCUUCCACUGCCACAUGGGCUACCACCUGCAGGGCGAGCCGCGGCUCACCUGCCUCAACGCCUCGCUGCCGGUGUGGAGCGGCAAGGUGCCGGCCUGCAGAGCUCUUUGUGGAGGCACAGUGAAGAACGCCACAGUGGGGAGAGUUCUGUCACCUUCGCCCCCCCACGGGCCCAACGCCACCCAGGACCGCUCCUGCUCCUGGUCCCUGGAGGCCCCCAAGGACCAGAGGCUGCACCUGCACCUGGAGAGGCUGGCCCUGGGGCUCAGCGAGAGGCUGGUGCUGUGGAGCGGGCUGGACGCCGGCUCCGUGGUGCUGUUCGACUCGGGUCGGGGGGGCCACAUCCCGUUCGAGGGGGUGAUCAGCGAAGGCCCGGCGGUGAGGAUCCAGUUCAUCUCCGACCGGCCCGACCACAACACGGGCUUCAACAUCCGCUACGAAGCCUUCGAGCGAGGCCACUGCUACGAGCCGUACCUCCAGAACGGGAACUUCACCACCUCCGACCCGCUGUACGGCGUCGGGGCCGUGAUCCAGUUCUCCUGUGACCCGGGUCACGCGCUGGAGCAGGGCCCCCCCGUCAUCGAGUGCGUCAGCGCCAGAGAUCCGUACUGGAACGACACGGAGCCGCUGUGCAAAGCACAGUGCGGCGGCGACCUCGGCGGUCCCGGGGGUGUGAUUCUGUCUCCCAACUGGCCCGAGUGGUACGGGGAGGGGGAGGACUGCAGCUGGACCAUUCACGUGGGGGAGGACAAGCGGGUGCUGCUGGACGUCCAGCUGCUGAACAUCAGCGACAGCGACAUGUUGACCGUCACCGACGGCGACGAGGUCACCGCCCGCAUCCUGGGCCGCUACGUGGGCGGGGCCGGCCCCUUCAAGCUCUCCUCCACCACCCCCGACCUCACCGUCACCUUCCACUCCGACCCGGCCGGACUCGUCUUUGGGAAGGGGGAGGGCUUCAUCAUCAACUACCUGGAGGUCUCCCGGAACGACUCUUGUCCGGACCUGCCGGAGAUCCAGAACGGCUGGAAGACCACGUCCCACAUCGCCCUGGUGCGCGGCGCUCAGAUCACCUACCAGUGCGACCCCGGAUACGACCUGGUGGGCCGGGAGACCCUCACCUGUGAGCUGGAGCUCUCCUGGAGCUCCCAGCCGCCCUUCUGCGAGAAGAUCAUGUACUGCUCUGAUCCGGGCCACGUGGAGCACUCCACCAGGUCCCUGUCCGACCCCAAGCUGCUGGUGGGCACCACCAUCCAGUACAGCUGCAACCCCGGCUUCGUCCUGCAGGGCGGCGCCACCGUCACCUGCUACGGCCGCGAGCCCGGGACCCCCGUGUGGACGUCCCGCCUCCCCCACUGUGCACGUGAGUGCACGUUUGCCGACAGCCUGGAGUCUGUGCUGGUUCUCCCUUCCG